GCUGAAAGAUCACCUUAACAACAGCAUGGAGAACGGAUUGGAGGAGGCAAGACUGGAAAUAAGACCAGUUAAGAAACUGUUGCUAUAGUCCAGAGGAGAGAGGAUGAUGAAGCCCUGGACUGUGGAGGUAGCAGUGGGGAUGGAGAGAAGGAUGCCAUCCAUUUGAGGUAUCUUCAAGAACUGGUGAGAUUGUGACAGUAGAAGGUGAGCGGUCUUCUAGAUGCCUUCUUGAGCCUGCUCGUGGCCACCCACAGACACUUGUAAGGAGGAGAGAAGUCGGCCUGGCACAGACACUCUGAAAUGAGGGAUUAGAGGCCGGGAUCUAAGGAGCAAGAGCUACAGCCAGAAGACGAGGGAGCAGGCCCCUGAAGACGCAUCUACUGAGAGGUCUGCCAUGGCCUCUCUUGGCCUCCAACUUGUGGGCUACAUCCUGGGCCUGCUGGGGCUGUUGGGCACCCUGGUUGCCAUGCUGCUCCCCAGCUGGCGAACAAGCUCUUACGUCGGUGCCAGCAUCGUGACCGCAGUCGGCUUCUCCAAGGGCCUCUGGAUGGAGUGUGCCACACAGAGCACAGGCAUCACCCAGUGUGACAUCUACAGCACCAUGCUGGGCCUGCCUGCUGACAUCCAGGCUGCCCAGGCCAUGAUGGUGACAUCCAGUGCAAUCUCCUCCUUGGCCUGCAUUGUCUCUGUGGUGGGCAUGAGAUGCACAGUCUUCUGCCAAGAGUCCCGAGCCAAAGACAGAGUGGCGGUGGUGGGCGGAGUCUUCUUCAUCCUUGGAGGCCUCCUGGGCUUCAUCCCUGUUGCCUGGAAUCUUCACGGGAUCUUGCGGGACUUCUACUCCCCACUGGUGCCUGACAGCAUGAAAUUUGAGAUCGGAGAGGCUCUUUACUUGGGCAUUAUUUCCUCCCUGUUCUCCCUGGUAGCUGGAAUCAUCCUCUGCUUUUCCUGCUCGCCCCAGGGAAAUCGGUCCAACUACUACGAUGCCUACCAGGCCCAGCCCCUGGCCACUAGGAGCUCUCCAAGGCCUGGUCAACCACCCAAAGGCAAGAGUGAGUUUAACUCCUACAGCCUGACAGGGUAUGUGUGAAGGACCAGGGGCCAGAGCUCGGGGGUGGCUGGGUCUGUGAAAACCAGUAGACAGCCUCCCCCAGGGCCACAGGUGAGGGACGUUGCCACUGGAUCGUGUCAGAAGGUGCUGCUGAGGAUAGACUGACUUUGGCCACUGGAUCGAGCAAAGGCAGGAACGGGAGCUGGUGUGACAGCGUGCAGGCUGAACUGUCAAGAUGCUUGUCAAGCCAGACUUUCUGUUUCCUUCAUCUUGGCUCCCCAUCUCCCACCCUGAGUUCCCAACCCUCAACUCCACUCCCCUCCCCCACGAGGCCAGGCCCCAGAGUCUCCCCUUUACCUUCUGCUUUACCUGGGAAUCCAUCCCCAAACCCACGAAUCACAUGCCACUGACUGACCCUCUCUGUGAUCAAAGACCCUUCCUCUUGCUGAGGUUGGCUCUUAGCUCAUUGCUGGGGGAUGGGGGUGGGUGGGAAGAAGUGGCGGCUUCCGUGGGCAUGGCGCUAACCUCCUUCUCAAGCCUCCCUGCAAAGAAACUGAUUGGCCAGUAAUGGGCCCUGGAGCCUCCUCCAUCCCACUCUUGUUAUGACUCCACAGUGUCUAGACUGGUUGGUGUAUGAACUGAAAUAAAGCCAUCCCACAGUACGGAGGGAACAGAGAGCAGCUGGGUGUAGAAUGAGAGGGAGAGGGUGUAGCAACUGGGUGUAGGAUGAGAGGGAGAGGACAGCCUCGGAUAAGAAGCCGAGGAGCAAAAAAAAAAGAGCAGAAUCAUGGCCCAGGGCUCUAGCCCCCGGCUAGAGGAAAG